GCAUUUGGAAACAAUAUUGUCGACUGAUCGAACGUGUUGGUGGAUUGAUUAGUUGGCAAUGGCUAGAUUUUUACCUUCAGCUCCCUCCCUCCCAAUAAGCCCGGGUAACUUAAAAGCGCAAUUUCAAUUAUCCUGGGCAUAUCGCAUGGCGCAUGGGGAGAGCGGGGCGCCACACCCAGUCAACCAGCGGUUCCAACCGCUAAUAACCGCCGAAAAAUCGAAAGGGCCAGAAUCACUCUUGAGAACACGUGCCCUGUCGUAGUGCCCUUGAUGGACUGCUUUUUAGAAAAUGGUAGACUACCAUCAAAAGGACAGUUCCUUCCUCAAACUGCUCUUCUGCAAAACCCUAACCUCUUACUUCACUCUCACUCAUGGCGAUUCAAAUGCACCUAUGCGCAGCCGUGGCACUCUUGGCUUCCUCCUCUUUCUUCACAGCCUCCACUUCUGGCCUCGCACAAUCAGUUGAAGUACCGAAACCGAGUUUUGCUUUCAGUUGGUUAGACGAUCUUAAUACAUUUGAAGCCGGUGGGAUUGCAACCAUAAAGAUCAAAGUACUUGGAGACUUUGACAGUAGAGGGAAUGGCUCCCUUGAUGAACGUGCUUUUAAUCCAACACUCACUAUAAAUGGGAAGAUGGGAAAUAGUUCUUAUAUUUCCGGAGUUUCUUCAAAUCUCGAGGGUGAUUCUAGCAAUUGGAGAAUUUCAUUCACUCCAAUCAUGGCUGGGGUAUUUAAUGUGAUUAUCAGCGACAAACAUUUCGGAAUCUUAGAUUCAUCUCUUCAUUUUGAAGUGCUGGCAGGGCAUAUAUACCCAUCUGUUUGUGUUGCUUCAUGGAUGAGUUCUAUAAACGAAUUUGUAGCUGGCACAAGAGUCACAGUUCUGAUACUUCCUAGAGAUGCCUUUGGGAAUAAUAUCUCUUCUUCAAGUGAUGAUCCAAAUUCUUCUAAUUUUAUAGUUUCUGCAUCUAAUGCAACUGGUUCAGUGGCAAACCUUCUCAAUAUCACCAACAUGGGAUGGAAUAAAUUUGGCUACAUCAGCAUUGAGUUGAAUGUGGCCACAGCUGGAAGCCUGUUGUUACAUGUAGAAGGGGAAAAUCAGACUUUGAAUGGUUCUCCACUACCAUUUAAGGUGAACCCAGGACCACUGGAUGUCGCCAACUGUGUGGCAACAUGGAAUUUUGGGACAAAUGUACUACAAAUAUUUUCUAAAGUGGAAAUCUUUAUACACCAGCAAGACCAAUAUGGGAACCUUGUUUCAGGAUUGUAUGCAUUUGAUGCUCAAGUUGUUGAAAAGGAGACAAAUUUGUCUAUACCUGUAGCAGAUUUACACUUUGAAGAAGUGUCGCCUGGAAUUCAGUUAUUUUCAUUCAGUGUAUUGGAACCAGGGAACUUCAUUCUGACAAUAUUUGACACAAAGCAGAAUAAGAGCAUCUCCAAUAUGUCCUAUGACUAUACUGUCUUUGUAGGUUAUUGCGAUGGGUUAAGGAGUGUCAUCAAUGGAUCUGGUUUAGAUAAUUCUGUUGCUGGAGAAAUGUCACGUUUUACUAUUUAUUUGAAUGAUAUUUAUCAGUAUCCCUCCCCAGUUGAAUUAGAAUGGCUUCAAGUGCAGAUUGUGCGGGUAAUCGAUUCCUAUCAUCUACUUCCAAGCAUAUACCCAAUGCAGAUUGUCAAUGGAAGCCAGCCGAAUGGAACACUGAGCUAUGAUGACACCAGUCAUUUAGAAAUUUCUCCUGCUCCAUCUGUUGAGCUGAAUGACACUUCUGUUGGGAACUCGAUAGUUCAGGCAAGUGCUUUUGAUGUCAUUUAUACACCUGAGAAGAGUGGGAUUUAUGAAAUUUGUUUAUUUUGUGGAAAUAUUCAGUUGAAUGAUGGUCACUCAUUCACAAAGGAAGUAAGAGCAGGUGAGGUUAAUAUGACGCUUUCAGGAGUUGUCAAGUAUGCACCCAAAGUACCAAAGUUGAUUAAAAAUGAAAUAGUUGUGAAGCUAUUGGAUUCAUUUUCUAAUCCCAUAACAUUGCAACAAUCAAGACUCAAACUAGAGAUUGGUUCAAUUAAUAGUUCUGGUUUGAGUUGGAUGUUUGUGGAUAACAAUGACGGGUCAUAUGUUGCUCACUAUCUGGCUAAGGAUGUUGGCACUUAUGAAUUAUGUGCUUCUUUUGAUGGCAACCAUUUCUUACCGUGUCCCUUUGGGGUCAAUGUAUACAGUAGUGAAUAUUUUCCUAAAGCCUAUGAUGAUGUGGUAUCUGUCUGGGAAGAUCAGUCAAUCGCUUUCGAUGCUUUAGAAAAUGAUUACUUUGCUGGUGACAGUGCAAAUAUUACUGACUCUUCAGAACCAGAUCAUGGAUCACUUCUACAGUAUGGAGGACUCUUUAGAUAUACUCCCUACAAGGGAUUCUUCGGAAAUGAUUCUUUCAAUUACACAAUAUCUGAUGUAAAUGGAAAUCUUGCUACUGGUGCGGUACAUAUAUCUGUUCUUAGUAUCCCACCUCAGUUUGUUUCCUUUCCAAGUCAGUUGCAAGCAAUUGAAGAUAUGAUAAGUCCCAGAUUUGGUGGUUUCCCUGGUUUUGAGAUAACAUAUUCAGAUAUGAUGGAGAACAUAUCUGUUAAUUUAAGUGCAGAAUAUGGGACGAUUUUUCUCUCUCCUAUGCUGAUGCAAUUUUGGCAGCCAUUGUCGAGUGGACUUUCUGUCAACAGAGGGGAUGGAGAAGCUGAGGAUUUGAUUUUGGAGGGUCGUGCUGAAGUAAUUAAUAUUGCCCUUCAGUCAAUCAAAUAUCUUGGAAAUGAGAACUUUUGUGGUGAUGAUGCCAUCCAAGUAUCUACCAUGAAUAGAAAUGGAAUAAAUUAUUUGAAUGUUCCAGUCUUCGUGGAACCUAUCAAUGAUCCUCCAUUUAUUCACAUUCCUGAAUUUAUUAUCUUGAAGAAUAGGAAAGAAGAUGGUUCACUAAUCUUUGACAGAGAACAAGACAAGUUUGAGUUUUUCAUUGGGGAUCCAGAUCUUCUUUACAUCCCUGGUGGUGAAUCUCUUUUUGUGGUAAUGUUUUCUGUGGAGGUCAAUUCUGGAAGUCUGGUUGUCAAUCUACCAGCUGAGCUCAUUAAUACAACUGAACUGAAGCUAAAGAAUAGUUAUCAAUGGCAAACUCUUCAGACUUUUGUUACCAUCUCAAAACAUUUUAUGGUCAAAGCAAAGGGAAUUAGAUUUCGGGGAACAGUUAAUGACUGCAACUAUGUCAUGCAACAACUAAUAUAUCAAGGUGGAGAGCAUGGUGCUGUUUUAACAGUGACAUUGAAUGACAUGGGAAAUUAUGGGGGUUGUCCAGACUCCGCUGAAAAGAUAUCAAUGCCCCUGUUUACUGAAGCUAGUGUAAAUCUAAUAAGACGAAGCCCAAUGAGUUCAUUGGUAGCUCAUACCCUAGGAUCAGCAAUUGUCGUUGAAUUCGUCGUGGUGUUUUUUCUUGGUGUGCUACUUUUAUUUUUCACAUGCAGAUGUGCAAUUGUUCUCAUAAAUGAAAGACGAAGCCGCGAUAUCAAGAAUAUUAGGCUAUCUAAAGUAUCAAGUUUGCAUAAACCAACUCCCAACACAGAUUUAUCUACGGAUGCGACUUACUUCACUGGUUGUUGUCCAAGCCGCUUGUUACUUACUGGCCGGCCUUCCAAUUUCCACCAGAGGUCACACCACCAUUCAAGAAAUGGAGACUCCGGAGACUCUGCCCAAGACACUUUCGGGGCCUCUCAAUCUUAUAGUGAUCGCUAUCAACGGACUCCUCUUCCUAUUGAAAAGAGGAAGAGUGUGACGGUUUGAGCUGGGCCAAAAAUCCAAGGAACUUAACCUGGAUGAUGUGAGAGAGGCAUUGGAUGGUUUCGCCAGUCUUUCCUUGGCAUUUUGAUUGUUUGUUAUGUAUGGGGUAAAUUACAAAAAUCACCGUUGUAUUUUCAUUUGCCUCUGGGUUUAACUCUUCUUAACUCGCAAGUCUCCUUAACCCAUAAUUUUUAAAAUCAUUGCCUUUUCAUAA